GUGGUGGCAGACAUGAACUGGUUGUCCCUACAGGUCUUGCUUGGUGGGGUUAGCCAAUACUCCACAGUCUUUGGACGUGUCUGGCUAUCUGUGGUGUUUGUCUUCCGUAUCCUGGUGUUUGUGGUGGCUGUUCAGCAGGUGUGGAGUGAUGAACAGAAAGACUUCAUCUGCAACACCGCCCAGCCGGGUUGUGCUAACGUUUGCUAUGACAAUUUUUUCCCUAUCUCCCACAUCCGUCUAUGGGCUCUCCAGAUCAUUUUUGUCACUUGCCCGUCUCUCAUGGUGGUCGCUCACGUCAAGUAUCGUGAAAUGAAGGAUCAAAAGUACACUGAUGUCCACAAGGGUGAACACCUGUAUGCCAACCCAGGGAAGAAGCGUGGAGGGCUGUGGUACACCUACAUACUCAGCCUGGUGUUCAAAGCCGGCUUUGAUGCAGGCUUCCUCUAUAUUUUGUACAUAAUUUAUCAAUUCGACAUGCCAAAUGUCACAAAAUGUUCUGUGGAACCUUGUCCAAAUACAGUUGACUGCUACAUCUCCCGUCCUACAGAAAAGAAAAUAUUUACCCUCUUUAUGGUGGUCACCUCUUCGGUGUGCAUCUUCAUGUGUAUCUGUGAGAUUUUCUAUCUGAUUACCAAAAAAGUUCGCAAGUACCUGCUCAGACAGCAAGAACGGAAUACCGUCACAAAGCCCAAUUACAUAAGGGUGGAUCCUACAGCCUCAUCAAACCAGAAUCUCAGCAACUCUGAAAAGGCAAAGGCCGCAGCUGGGGAGAAGGAUUCAAAACCGGCAUAAAUAUGGUCUGAACUGAUUGUGACACAAUCAAGCACAAUAAACACAAAUAAGACACACUGGAUCUUGGUUAUAAUAUAGAUAAUCCAAUCAUGCCAUUUUUUCC